UAUCGCCAAGGUCGGAGGUUUGCUUGAGAAACUAUCAUUUAGUUUCACUUUGCUUCUGGUUCUAUCAUUUUCAGUCGAAAACAAUCUGUUUUUCUAGCAUGUUGGCGGGCAAAUGAAGCUGUUGACCCAUAAGUUCACUAGUUGGAUUUAGCACACGGAUUCCCAGCCAUUUUGGCCCUCAGCUGGCUGCAUCUACACACAUGACAGGCCACAUCUCACGAGUGCACAUCAUGGGCUGGUUGGUGUCCAGAGCCUGCGAGCGUCCCAACGACCUCGGAUCACCCAGCAAAGAGGACUUUGCUGAGCCUGCUGUUGUUUCACCACUGGAGCCUAAGCGCUACCGCCGAGAGUUUGCCAUUAUGACUUGGAUGCUCUCGCUGAACCAUGCAGCUGUCACCACACCCAUCCUCUAUGCGUCCUCAGUGCUGACGAACGCCAGUGGCCAAGCAGGUAAUGCUGUGCUCUAUGGUGCAACACUGAUUUGCAGCUUGUUCUUCUCCACGCUGAUCUUCGGGCUUCUGGGUUCGAAGCGAGGUCUGUCGCUCUCCAUGGGACUCUAUAGCGUUUACGUCUUGCUUUUUGCCAUUGCAGCUGCCCUGUGUGACGAGAAACACGAAGAGAACGGCUCUUGCAUCCGUGGUGGACAUCUUCAGCUGCCCAUCAACUUGGUAGGAGCCUUGGUGGGCGGCCUUGGCGCCGGCAUCCUUUGGACCUGUCAGGGCGCCUUUUUCUCUGAGGUCUGCGCGCGUGUGGCAGCGGCUGAGGGUGAUGACAUGCCCAAGGUCACUGCAGAGUUGGCUGGAUCUUUUGCACUAGUUUUCUUGGCAAUGGAGGCCGUGGUUAGGGCUUCCGCCACUAUCUUGACCAAGCACGCGCAUCUUGAUUAUCCAGCAGUCUUCCUCAUUUUCGCCGGCCUUGCUGUAGCCUCCACUGUGAUUUUUCAGCUGCUGGCCAAAGAGACAGAAAGCGAGCCGCGAAGAACGGGCGACCUUUGUGGUAAAGCGCUGAGCGCACUUCGACAAUGGACGGAUCCACAGACCUGGUUCCUGCAGUGCACCAACCUCACGUUCGGCUUUGCGGCCGCAUGGCUGGGUGGACACAUCGGCCGAGAGAUCCUCACCGAGGCGUUGAGUAGCGAGUUCAUCGGCUAUGCAGGGGCCUUGCUCUCGGCUUUGGCCAGUGGAUUGUCCUUGGUGCUAGGCCAAGUCGCCCGAAGGAUGGGCAAAGGCCCAGUGGUGGCUUUGGGCUCGAUGGCGUUCCUUUUCCUGGGAAUCCUCAGCCAAUAUGUGGGGAAGCCGGCAACCUGGGGCUGGGGUGUCUUGGUUUUCUACCUGCUCAUGGGCCUUGGCCGAGCGGUGUAUGAAAGCACCAACAAGGCCAUUUUCGCAGACUUCUUCCCAGGGGAGAAGAGUGCUGGGGCGUUUGCGAACGUUUUUGUCUUCGGGACCUCAGCCUCAACAGUGGCCUUCACUCUGGGUGCAGUGGGGAAAGCCAGUGAGGAGUUGUACUUGUUACUGACCUUCGCAGUGCUCACGAUGCCCGGCUACCUCACUGCGUGUGUGAUCAAGCGCCAUCUGGAGAAACGCGAGCAAGAAACAGCUUCGCCUUCGGUGGAAGCUUCUGUGUGAGCUUUUGGUGUCGGUCCGAAGGUGGCCAUUUUUCGUCAUGGAGAGCCGUUGAGCUGUUUCUUUUUGCUCAAACAA